AUGAACGCUGUGCGGCCGGUGUGGGAAAGUGGCGUCAUGCGCGGUGCAGAGUUGUUGGCAAAUUCUUCUUAUGGAUUGUUAUUUUUAAUGGGGAUUCUUAUUGUGAUUUGGGCCAUCAUUCUGUACUAUUUUUUCUUGUUUCUGCGGGGUUUUGUCAUGGACAGGCACCUCCGAAAUAUUCCGGAGGCACCGGGGAGAAUCCCAGUGGUCGGCCACGCCCUUAUUCUUAUGGGGGGAUCACCGUGGAGAAAAAUGGCAGACUGGAGUCUUGAUUCGUUUUCCCAUGCGGAUAGUAAUAAAAAGAAGGAUGCUCCGCGUACAAAUCGACUUGUCAGAUUUAAUGUUCUUUAUCAGCGCGUUGUGUACAUCAAUGAUCCUUUAUUAUUGAAGCGGGUCCUUCUGACAAACCAGCGAAACUACGCCAAGGAUGUUGAAACGUCAUACAAACAUUUCCUCUGUCUACUUGGAACUGGGCUUGUGACAGCGGAGGGAGAGCAUUGGAAAAAGGGUCGCCUAUUACUUUCCCAUGCUAUGCGCAUAGAUGUAUUGGAGGAAGUUCCCAAAAUGACAAUCAAGGCAGUUGGAAGAGUCAUGGAUCAAAUUGCCGCUAUUGACGACAAAAAUCCAUUUGUGGAUUUGAAUGAGGCGUUCCGUCACAUGACACUGCAAGUGAUUGGAGAAACGACGCUUUCUUUGGAACCAGAGGAAACAGAUCGUAUUUUUCCGGCUCUUUACUUACCUGUUGUUCACGAAUGCAAUCGACGUGUAUGGCAGCCGUGGCGUGUCGUGAUGCCCUUCUUGGAAGGAUUUCAAGAGCGUCGCCGCUGUUUGAAGGAGUUGAAUCAUGUAAUUUGCGAGCUUAUUUUGAAACGUUGGGAAGAUCGCCACAAGCCGCAUAAACGUGACAUUAUCUCACUCUGUUUAUCUCAAAUUGAUAAAAUGGAUAACGCAAUGGUGGUGCAGCUGCGCGACGAUGUCAAAACCAUUUUAUUGGCGGGACACGAAACUUCAGCGGCGUUGCUAACAUGGGCAACCUAUGAGGUGAUCAGUCACCCUGAUGCGUGUGAAAAAAUUGUGGAAGAGGCAAGAGUGUUGUUUGAUCCGGCACGCUGCGAAGAGAAGGUUGUGACACCAGAAGGAAAGACGUGGGGCAUUCCCACCGCAUCGGAUGUACGCAACACACUACGAUGGUCUCCGGCUUGUCUUCGUGAAACACUACGAAAGCACUCGGUUGUUCCCUUGGUCAUGCGGCGUGCUUUGAAAAACGACGUAUGGCCUGCCUCCAUAACUGGGCUUGAUGGGGACGUCACUAUUCCCGCAGGCUGCUCGGUGGCUGUAGGGAUCCAGGCGGUGCACCGGCGCCCGGAUAUCUGGCCAGAUCCUGAUGCAUUUAAACCAGAACGUUUCCUUGACGUGAAGCUUGAAAAUAACUUUACCACCCCGAAUCAUGAGGCAUACAAGGACACCGUUGACCCGUAUGCAUUUAUUCCCUUUAUUAACGGUCCGCGCAACUGCCUUGGACAACAUCUUUCUUUGAUGGAGACAGAGGUGGCACUAGCGUACCUAUUUCUGAACUGGGAUUUGCGUUUCUACGGUGCUGACGCUGGCGCAACGGAUGUGGAGAAGCGCUUAUUUCAGGAAGAGGUUGGGCGCCCACACGUUUUUAUGUUUCCCAUUGUACCCCAAAAUGGCCUCAAAGUGGUGGGGACGCCCCGCAUCUGA